CAGCCCCCACGCGAAGGGAUGUGGCUCCUCGCAGGGGUAGGUGAGGCUGGGGUGGGGAGCCGAGGUCAGCGGGGCCUGAGGGGACACUUUGGUGGCAGGGAAACCCCUGGAAGGUCCCUGGAUCUGCCCCUGACAGGGAGUCAGGGACAUGGGGAGCUGGGACAGCGCAUGGGGACUCUGUGUGCUGACAGGGUCAGGAUCCGCUCACGGCUGUUUGCUUUGGCCCCUGGUGCCCAGCAGUGAGGGACACCAACCCUUGGCCCUCCAGGACAGCUCUUUGCUGUUCCUCCACUAAAGCCUCACCCCAGGAGCUCUGGCCCAGCACCAGCUCUGCCCCUUUAGCCCCUCCUGGAGCUGUCCCCUGUGUCCCCAGGGUGGCCAAACCAGGCAGGGGGACAGGACCUUUCCCAAUGUUCUCCCGGCUCCUUUGGCCUCCCCUGGGCUGGGAAUCCCCUCCUGCCCCCCGCCAGCCCAGCUUGGAAGGGGAAGGAAGGGGUAUUUUUAGCACUCACCCUCUGCUUGUUCCAAGGAUUGAGCUAAAAAGAGGAAUUGACGUUCAAAGGAGGGCUGGCUUUGCUUUAAAAGGAAGGGUUUGUGUUUUUCCUGCUACUCAGUCAUUGCAAAACUUUCCUGUGAAGAGGGGUUGGUAAAAAUACCUCUGGCGGGAGGUGGCAGCGUGUGACAUCGGUGCACGGUUCCCUCUGCUGGCGCUGCUUCCACUGCCCGGCUCCCAGGGUCAGCUCCCAUCCCAAAGAAAGGGUUGGGGUGGGACUCAGCCCCCCUGUCCUGGUGCUGGUCACAGCUCCCAUCACCUGGGAAGGGAAUUCCCUCCUGCCAGCCCGUGCUGGAGUGGUUCCUCCCUUCAUUCCUGCUCUCCAGCAGCUCCUCCUGACCAUUCCAAUGCCUUCAGAACCCCCUGGGAGCUCAGGUGCCUUCCCAGCUGCCAUCCAACCCCAGGGCUGUCCUGACAACCCCCCAGAGAUCCUCCAGGUCCCAAAACAAGACACCAUCCACGCCCUGAGGAGGAGUUGAGCUGGAAGCCACAAGGGACAGAAUCCAAAACAUCAGCGGGCUGGCGGGCAGCGGGGUGGCCUGGAACCAGAGCCAGCACUGCCGGCUGCUGCUGCCCGAGCGGCUGCAGCUCUGCCGCCGGCACCUGGAGCUGAUGCCCAGCGUGGUCCGGGCUGCCCGCCGGACACAGCAGCUGUGCCAGCAGAGCUUUGCAGACAUGAGGUGGAACUGCUCCUCCAUCCAGCGUGCCCCCAGCUUCGGCCCCGAGCUGCUCACAGGAACACGGGAAGCCGCCUUCGUGCACGCCCUGGCAGCGGCGGCUGUGGCCCAGAGCAUCGCCCGCUCCUGCGCCUCCGGAGAGAUCCCGCUGUGCUCCUGCGGCCCCGGCCCCUCCGAGCCCCCCGAGCCCGGCUCCCGCUGGGGUGGCUGCGGUGACAACCUGAGCCACGGCCUCCAGCUCGGAGCCGCCUUCACCGACGGCUCCGCCAGAACCGGCACCGGCGGCACGCCCGGGCUCCGGGCCGUGAACCGGCACAACGGGGCCGUGGGACGGGCGGUGCUCAGUGACUCCCUGGACACCAGGUGUAAAUGCCACGGGGUUUCAGGCUCCUGCUCAGUGAAAACCUGCUGGAAAGGCCUGCCAGACCUGGGUGAAAUUGCCUCUGACCUCAAAUCCAGGUACCUGGCAGCCCUCAAGGUCACCCAUCGGCUCGUGGGGCCCAGGAAGCAGCUGAUCCCCAAGGAGGGGGAUGCCAGGCCAGUGACAGAGAUGGAUCUGGUUUAUCUCAUCAACUCUCCUGACUACUGCACCCCAAACCCCCAGCUGGGUUCUCUGGGGACACAGGACAGGCCGUGCAACAGGAGCUCUGUGGGCAGUGACAGCUGUGACCUGCUGUGCUGUGGCCGUGGCUACAACACCUACACGGAGGAGGUGCAGGAGCGCUGCCACUGCCGCUACCGCUGGUGCUGCUCCGUGGUGUGCAGGCGCUGCCGGCGCCGCCUGGAGAGACACGUCUGCAAAUGAGGAGGGGAACCCCCCCCUGCACCCACCAGGCACGGCUGGACACCCGGAGCCCAUCCCAAGGGAUGCCCCCAGCGAGGAGGAGGCUGUGCAGGAAGGCUGGUUGCUCGUGGAAAGCCUCAGACUGAGAGAUUUUGGGAUGCCUUCGGUCCUUUCCAAGCCAGACUUCAGGGCAGGACAAAGAGCUGCCCUCCUGCAGCUGGUCAGUGGGCAGCCCUUUGUCUCCAGCUGGGAAAAGCCAUCGAUCAUUCCACAGGCCCCUUUCUCCAGGGGGAACGGGGGACCCUGGGCUGCCAUUGUCCCUUUGCAGGAGGAUUCUGACAGCAGCCUGAAAGCCAGGAGUGAUAGAUGGAAGGGGGUAGAGUUAUCCACUGGGGGAAGGCUGUAGGGAUGGAAUGCUGCUGCUUUGGGUGAGGGGGCCAUGGGCAGCUCCUUUGGGAACAGGAUUCUGCUGUGGGCUCAUGCAGGGGAAAACACUGCUCCAGGGCCCUCUGCAGCAUCCCAGUGCAUGCAUGGAGGUGGUGCUGCUCUUGUUGAUGGCAGAGACAUCAGGGACAGGAGAGCUCCUGGGGGCUGCCAAAACCAGCAGCCUGGCAAACCACCCCUGAGCGUGUGUUAACAACCCAGCCAUGGCACCACUGUAGAUUCUGUCCCCAUAUCAGAGGUGGGAGCACACUCAAUACAUGAAAUUCUCAUGGCUUGUCCUUCCUGCCCCUCCUUGUGGCCCACUGAGGUCUUCAGCCCACUCCUUCCACCCUUUGGGACCAGGUGUGUUGGAAUUCUGGCCUGGAGAGGGGACAAGACUCCAGGGUCUUGGGGAAGCAAGAAAUUAUCUUUCUUUUCUGUACUUCCUGUAAGUGGGAUUCUGGAGUGUAUUUUUAAAUAAAUGUUAUGACUCUC